UCCAAACACGCGCUGCUUAUUCCUGCGGAAUGGCAGUAAAUAGUGUAGCGGUAUACGAGGGGCGGAGCCUGAGCCUCUAACUCCACAUCCAUCACAAUAAUCUCUAGCUCAGGAUCUGAAAGGCUAAACCAACAUGUCGAUGAGUGUGGAGCAGGAAGGCAUUAACACGGACACAGUACUGCGGUAUUAUUGUUUUUAGGCCCGUAGGAGACUCUUUGAUGGAUUUACCGCGCUUUACUGAGCAGUGAAGGAUCCCGACAGCAAGUAACUUAUGCCAGACGUGCAGAAUGAUCAUCAGCUUCUUGUGUGUAUGGAUAAUCACGCUUAUAAAAGCAUCAGGAUUUGAUCAACAACGCGUGUAGGUCUUCCUUUGUUAGCCAUUGUUUUACCUCAGUGCCUAUCCUGCAGAGUCCUUAUGGAUAACCCCCUUCAGUGACUUUCCUGGAAAGGCUAAGGAGAGUAAUGGAUUUAUUCUUCUAUCUGCAUCCCUAUUCUUAUUGCCGGUGUGCCUGGAUGCAGAUGAAUCCACACAAACAGAGGAGGCAGAGUGUGAUUAUCGUCAUAGUAACAGCUGGACCAAUAAAGCAAUGUGCUGCAACUUGUGGCUAGAUGUCAAAUGCUCACGUUAAAUUAAAGGCCACUGCGUUGAACGAUUGACUCAUAUCCCAAUGGUGUGCCGUCAAAUUCUGCCUACUGAACAAUUUCCAGUGCAAUAUAACAGUUUCUCUCAGUUUGUAUUGCCACUAGAGCACUCUGGGGUUGUCUGCGAUGUCAGAUACCGGGACUGCUUGGCACUAAUGUUGCCCAAGACAGAUACAUCAACCUCAGGUUGCUUGAGUAAUUGACUCCGGCUGUCUGCUGGAGAGGGUCAGGCUCCAAUCUUAUGGCAUGGGUCAAACUGUUUAAAAAGCCUGGCGGCAGCAUGGCUGGUUCUGGUGCCUAUAGCGGGACUGGGCUAAGCAAGUCCUACCAGCCAGGCAGCAUGAUCUCUCUCGCCCUGACCAAAGGUCUUCUUAAUGAGCCAGGUCAGAACAGCUGUUUUCUAAACAGUGCUGUGCAGGUUCUUUGGCAGCUUGACAUCUUCAGGAGGAGCCUACGACAGCUCUCUGGCCAUUUCUGCCUGGGUGAUGCCUGUAUUUUCUGUGCUUUAAAGAGCAUUUUCUCUCAGUUCCAACAGAGUCGAGAACGAGCUCUGCCAUCAGACACCCUGCGGCAUGCUCUGGCAGAGACCUUUAAAGAUGAGCAGCGCUUCCAGCUGGGCCUCAUGGAUGAUGCUGCAGAGUGUUUUGAGAACAUUCUAGAAAGGAUACACCUGCACCUUGUUUCUGACUCAGCCACAGAAAUGUGUACUUCCAAAUCUUGCAUCACCCACCAGAAGUUUGCCAUGACUCUCUAUGAACAGUUUGUUUGUCGUAGUUGUGGGGCAUCAUCAGACCCUCACCCCUUCACUGAGCUUGUGCACUAUGUGUCCUCCACAGCCCUCUGUCAACAAGUCGAGCGUGUCCUGGAGAAGACAGACAGACUACGCUCAGAUAUGUUUGGUGAACUGCUGCAGGCAGCCAACACUAUUGGGGAUCUCCGUAACUGCCCUAGUAACUGUGGGCAGAGUAUAAAAAUCCGUCGUGUGUUGAUGAACUGUCCAGAGAUCGUUACUAUUGGCUUUGUAUGGGACGCUGAACAGUCUGACCUCACUGAAGACGUCAUUCGCUCUCUGGGCCCAAACCUCAAUCUCUCGGGGCUGUUCUAUAAAGUAACUGAUGAAAAUGCAAAAAAAAGAGAUCUCAACCUGGUGGGAAUGAUCUGUUACUCUAGUCGACAUUACCUAGCAUUUGCUUAUCACAGCAAGUCUUCCAAAUGGAUCUUUUUUGAUGAUGCAACCGUCAAAGAGAUUGGCUCCAAGUGGAAAGAUGUGGCAUCUAAAUGUAUCCGGGGACACUUCCAGCCGCUUCUCUUGUUCUAUGCCAAUCCAGAUGGUACUGCAGUGUCUAAUGAGGAUGCCCCUAGACAGACCACCAUGUGGUCCCGAUAUAACGUUUCUCUAAAUGGGAGAGGGACAGACACUCAGCUGUCAGGCUCAAGGAAACUAGACAGUGUGAGAGAUGUGAGUGCCGGUUCUCAACGAACAAAUCAGGGACCCCACAAAACAACAAUGCAGUCUUCAACCAAUCGGUUUAAAGUGCUUCCAGAAAGUCCCAGGGAAUUUUCUCACAGAGGACAGAGGAGAGAGAGUGAAAGAAGCUACAGAAGGUCAGAUUCCCUCCAACACAAAGAUAUAAUCUAUCCUCGAUCAUCAUCUCCGCCUGAGAAUGGCCCGAGAUCUCAUUCUGACCAGAGGCAGAGAACUCUCCCCUCACGAGCCUCUCGGUCUGAGCACUCUGCAACACAUCCUCGUGGAUCACCCCAGGAGUCUCGCUCAAACCACGGAAUGGCAACCAGCAGCAGCCGUCACAACGACUCAUCUCUCGGCCAUCGCGGGUCCAUGAAUGUCCCUGAGCAAGGCAAAUCAAAGUCCUCGUGGAGACCAGUCCGAGAAGUCCUUAAUGUAGACAGCGUGCUGAGUGAACUAGAACGACGUCAGCAGCAGCAGCAGCGUGGAAGUCCUCGAUGCGGACGUCGCUUUGGUCAAGAGAGAGGAUUGAUGAAGGAGAAACAGAAAGGUUUGAUGACUAUCUAUGAAGAUGACUCACGGCUAGAGACGGAAAGUCAAAGCUCCCAGGAGUCUCAGCGACAGAUGAUGGUGGCGGGGCCAAAAGGCGGAGCUAAUGUAGCACAGCAGAGCGAUAACUGGAUGAUCCAGAGGACAGAGUCAGGGUACGAGAGCAGCGAUAGGUUAAGCAGUGGCUCCACUAAUCCUGACUCACCAGGUGUGGAGAACUUCACAGGCAAAGAGCUUAGAACCAAUCAAGAUGCACAGCACCUCAGGGAUCAAGGCCAUAAUAAUCAAGGAGACUCAAAAAAGGAGGCAGUGCGUUCUCCACUGUACCACAGCAAACAUUUGGUUAAAAUUCAGGGACAGAACUCAGAACAUCUCAUAAAAGGCAGCCCAAGUUCAAGAAGGAAGGUUAGAUGUUCGUCCUGUGGCUGCAGGAAAGGUGGCACUGCAGAGAAGGACCCAUCAAUGACUGAACCUCAAGCAGAGCAACAGGAAGUUACCAUGCGAUGGCAUCAUAACCCAGAAAGCCCCCUACUGCACCGCUUGGGCAAGAUCAGUAGUCCUGAAUGCAACAGUUCUGAUGAACUCACAAACCCUCUUUCAGAGCCAGAAGACAGCGCUUAUCGUUCCAGCACUAGUGAGGUGGCUCCACUUGAAUCACCAAGCCUGAAUCGCUCCAGUUACCUGCAGCCAAGGGAAGAGUCAGCCAUACGUUCAUCGAUACCAACUCACUCAAAACACGCACAACGACCGAUUGAGAUUAAGACUCCACCCUUUCGUCCCAGAACGUUACAGGAGAUGUCACAGACCGGUUCAAGGACAUCCGGUCGUAGCGUUGCUGCAUCUCACUCCAGCUCGCUACACAGAAGAGUGGAAGUCAAUUGCACGUGCCCAAGCUCAUCCGACGUGAGUUCAAAAUCAGGUUCUGACCAGGAGAGAGGAGAGCAGGUGUCCAGUGAACCUGAUGAAAGAUCUUGUGGUUGGGAAAAGCCUUCUCCCUCAGUCUCCCCAGGAUCUGGAGUAGCACUGACCACUUAUUUCUCUGUGGAUAAUUGUAUGACAGACACAUACAGACUGAAGUAUCACCACCAGAGGCCGCUGGUUCUUUCUUUGCCUGAGCUGAGAGUACCUGCUAGAGAUGGAAGAGACUUGGUGCAUUUAAAUCGCACAGAGAGCCAUUCUGAGCGUGCCAAAAAUAAGCCUGACUCUGGCAAUAGCAACAAUAAGCCUGCUGCUAAAUGGCACCCUGUCGCUUCAAAGGGACUGGAUGAACAUGGAUAUUUGUGAAGGUUAUGGUCCUGAUAAACCAGUGAGAAGUAAUCCAGAGGAACUGCCAAAGAAGUUGACUAAAUAGAGAUUGUUUUUCAAAUGUGAUUACAAUGUAAUUGUGGAGACAGUGCCGGCAAUGUAAGGCAGACUUGUCCAUUUGUACCCUCUACCUGUAAAUUGUGACGCUCGAGACUCUUAAAAGAGCCAUCCACUGGAGGGCAGUAUGCACUUUGGCUUGAAACAGUAUGUGCUUGUAAUCAUGAAUGACCAUUUUAUGCUUAAUAUUGAAUUUAUUAAAUAUCUUUUACUAAAUUAUGACAGGUAAUAUUUAAAAAAAGUUCUAGUCUUAAAGACUAAGUCCUAAAGACAAGCAUAGUAAUUGUGUCUAUGGCUUUAAUUUCACUGCAAAUGGACCUUUGUAAAUACUCCCUAGAGGUUGUUUGUGGAGUGCCUUCCUGCAAUUUUUCAUGCUAAAUAUUGACAUGAUGAUUCAAAAUAAAUAAGAGUGUAAAAUGAUACCCACUAUAUAUUUUUGGAGAUGUCUAUGCAUUU